AUUACUGCCUCUGCCGCCGAGUUCAUCUUCUCCAACCAUCCUCCUCCCACCCACCCACACACCAGAGAGGCAGGUAGAACGAGGCCGCGAGCUAGGAGGUAGAACUCCAUGGUCGAGCACAGGAGCUGACACCCCCCGCCGGAAGCACUCAAAUUAUGCUUUGCCCUCUCACGGACCUGCUCCUCUCCAAUCCAAGGCAGUCGAUCCAAAGGUGUUUGUGCUUGACAGCCUCGAGCUUGGCCAACUGAACAAACCACGCGGAAUGUACCCAAGGAUAGCGCUUUUUGAGCACGAGCCGAUGAAGAAGAUGAUUGAUAUCACAUCAGUAAACAUGGGUGGAGGAGAAAUAUCAUUUCACGGGGCAUCGGCUGAACAAAACGUCAGCAAAGGUAUUGUCUGCGCAUCAACCGAGCUUGCAAAUGAAAACAUUCCGAGGCAUUCUAAUACGACGAAACGAGUCCAGAUGCCAUCUGCGCCUAUUUUAAGAGGUACUUACAAUAAAAUUGGUCCACAAGAUUUCUCAAACCACAUACAUACAAACUAUCCAUCAAUAUCCGGUGAGAAGCUCGGGAUACUUCUCCGUGAGCACAAUGCUCGAGGUCUGGCAAACAUUUCAGAGAUGAGGCAGUCUUUCCAGUCAUCAAUGUUCACAUUUGCGGACAAGCUCAUCAACUGCAUCGCUGAGAAUUGUUCUUGUUGCAAGGCCAACGGACGUAAACAAUGCAUCCUGAAGAGUGAAAAUCAAAACAGUUGCACCAACUUGGCCAACACUCCUAUGCAAGAAAAAAUAGACAAUUCGUUUGUUACCCCUAUUUGCAACAAGGUUUCUCCCAGGCUGGCUGGACAACUCCCAAACGACGGUAGCUCGUCGGCCAAUAGCUCCAUUGCAAGGAAGAGGGGAGUUGUGUUCAGCCCGGCCAUCCAGACGGAAUCAUCAAAAAAGGUGUAUCUUCGGCUGGACGACCCACUCCAAGCAGUUUCCCAUUCAGCAGUAGAUACUGUCAACAACUCAUCUCUGUCUGCGAAGCAAGACACUCGCCGAGAGGUUGCCAAUACGAUUUAUUCAUUCUUUGAUGACCUGACUGCUAGCAUAGUCACGUACUAUGCCGAGCAACGACUGAGCUCUGGAUAUGUUACAUUCGGAACUACAAACGACACCAUGCCAGCCAAAAUUCGGAUAACAAAGUGCAACAUCGCCCGCGACCCAUGGGCAAUCGGUUCAGUUCCGAUGCCGCCGGCAGUCCCAGUCCUUAGAGCCAUAAAAGAUUGGUUGGCUGUGUCAUCCACAUUCGUCCUUGAAAGGAAAUGGAUUAUGCAUCCAAAACCAAGACUCAUACUGCUCGAUGGCAUUGAAAUCCAACAACAACUAUCAGGAAAAGAACAACUUAGUCAUGAGAUGUGUGCUGUUAUUUUUAGGAGGCUUUCACAGAUGGACAAGACCUAUUCGAAGGACACUUUGACUAUGUUUUGGAGGAAGUUUCUUGAGCCUGAUUUCGCCACCCCAGUUUUAUCUAAUGCCGAUCCAUUGACCAUCCAGUCGAUCCGUGCAACAUUUACAGAAGAAAACGAGUUUUUCAGCCCAGCCUCUAGUCGGAUGUGGCAUAUACCUCCACUCCUACCGGACGGAUGGGCCGUCUACGCAUUCGACAUGGCCAGGCGAAGGAUUUUAGUACUAGACCCGGCCGUCGGCCCAUUUGGUUUUAGCAAUAGAAGGAUCAACAUGCACACAUAUGUGUCUGACCUACUUCACGCUGCACUCUUCAGAUGCAUCCAAUCUUUAUAUGAUUCCUGGCACUGCAGUUCCGGAGAAUGGACCCGUGCAUUUCCUGUGAUAUCACGGGCAUCCCUUGUCCAUCGCUUCAAUAUGUGCUUUUCUGGUAUCUUGCUCAACUUGAGCUUGAUCAUAACCUGCUGACACAAACACGAUUUUAGACAUCGGAACAACAAUUGCACAGUUUACAUGGCAAGAUAUUACAUUUACCUUCAGUGCAUGGCAGCAGACCAUUCCAGAAUGCUCGAAAAUACCACACUCGCAGUUGAAAAAGGUCUUAUCAUCAUCAACAUCAACCUUGAAUUGGACCUUGCUCCAUUUCUCACGAGAGAGAGCAUCCACAUGAGUAAGAAUGUAUACCUUUUUUGGUACAGCAACAUCUAGUUCAUAAGCCCCUGCCUUGUAAAGAGCACUGCCAAAUUGCUCAAACAUUGCCCUGGUGUAAAUCUUGCUAGCGUGCCUCUCAAUUGGGAGAUUUACUUUCAAAAGAACACCACUCUAAAAAACAUUAAAACAUACACACAAACAAGUGAG